UAACAGUGUUGCUAGUUCGCCCCCAUCUAGAUGUUAAAUAGACGUCGCAUGACAAACAUGCAAUGGCGGGACUGGAACUUAUUUUUUCAACAAUUUGUAACGCAACCUUCUGUGAUGUUUUAUACGACAAAUCUCCUAUAGAUCCAGUUAAUUUGUUUAAACAAAAUGAAUUACUGGCGUUGAAAAACGAUGUAAAUGGAAAACAUCUUAAGAUUGGAACGUAUAAUAACUACCCCAUGAGUUGGGUGGAAAGAUUAGAAAAUGGCACCCUGGUUGGUCGAGGUGUUGCGUUCGUAUUAGUUGACAUUCUUCGGGAGAAAUUUAAUUUUACUUAUGAAGUAGUGACACCGGAAAAAAAUUUUUUGUUGGGUGAUCGCAGAUCAGAGGACUCUUUGUUAGGCCUCGUCAAUAGCAGUAAAAUUGAUAUGGCGGCAGCGUUUUUCCCAAUCCUGUUAAAGUACAACGAGAUGGUGACGUACUCUGAUGAUCUGGACGAGGGGGUGUGGAUGAUGAUGUUGAAAAGACCGAAGGAAUCAGCGGCGGGCUCUGGACUCCUAGCGCCGUUUGAUACUUACGUUUGGUAUUUGAUUCUCGCUGCGGUUCUAACGUACGGUCCAUUCAUUACUCUCAUAACGUGGAUCCGUUCAAAGUUGAUUGAAAACGACGAAGGCUACAUUUCUCUCUCACCGAGCGCGUGGUUUGUGUAUGGAGCGUUCAUAAAGCAGGGAACGUCUUUGUCACCGGAGGCUAAUACUACAAGAGUUUCUUUCGCCACCUGGUGGUUGUUUGUGAUGCUGCUGUCAGCUUUCUACACAGCCAACCUGACAGCAUUUCUUACUUUAUCCAAAUUCACUCUGGAUAUAGAGAAUCCUAUAGAUUUAUAUAAGAAGAACUACAGAUGGGUGACCUCAGAAGGCGGAGCCGUGCAAUAUACUAUUAAAAACCCGGAGGAGGAUCUGUAUUACUUAAAUAAAAUGAUUCUCAAUAGGCGAGCUCAGAUUCGUUCGGUGAACGAUAACAAAGAGUUCCUACCGAUGGUGACAGGUGGCGCUGUGUUGGUCAAAGAACAGACGGCUGUCGAUGAGCUCAUGUACAGCGAUUACUUGAACAAGACCAGGAAAGGAGUUCCGGAAACCCAGAGGUGCACGUACGUCAUGGCACCGAAUCCGUUCAUGAAGAAACAAAGAGCCUUCGCCUAUCCCAAGAACAGCACGUUGAAUAAAUUAUUUGAUACAGUACUGAAGUAUUUAAUCCAGUCCGGUAUAGUGGAUCACCUCGAGCGCCGCGACCUCCCCAGCACGAGGAUCUGUCCCCUGGAUCUCCAGUCCAAGGACAGACAGCUUCGUAACGCUGACCUCAUGAUGACGUAUUUUAUAAUCAUAACGGGACUAUCGAUUGCUUCUGUGGCUUUUGUUUCAGAGUUAAUCGUAACACGAUAUUAUAAAGGAAAAGAUAAAGAUGUGACGCAGAAGACGAAAACAGGCAAAGCCUUGAAAAUGUUGAAGAAAGACGACGGCGGACCGCCUCCUUACGACUCGCUUUUCGGCAAAUCAAGAUAUAAAAUUAACGAAAAUUUAGAUACAAGAAUUAUAAACGGUCGAGAAUAUUAUGUUGUGCAUAAUAAGAAUGGCGACACGAGGCUGAUACCUGUGAGGUCUCCGUCGGCGUUUCUUUAUAGAUAAAAAAUAUAUAUAUAUAUAUUAAAUAAAAUAAUUUAAGAAAUAAAAUCAGAAUGUUGCAUCUCAUUAUUUGUAGGUUAUUAAAAAUAUACUGUUGAGAACACAAUAUGAUCUUAAGCAUCUUAAGCAGUGUUGCCGUAAAAACGAUUCCAGAAAAUGAUGGUUUGUAAACACGAUCCCCUUUACAUUUCUAAUUCUAGAUGUGUUUAUCGCAUUUUUUAUAUUAUAAAUAACAUACACAUUAUCCUUUAUUGACAUAAGCUAGAUUCAAACAUGCGAUUUCUGACAUAUAAUAUGGCAACACUGUCAUCAAUAUCAUUUAAAGCUUAAGGUAGAAAUUAAUCGAGGAAUAUUAAUCAGGAAUUGUGGCGUAGUUAUAUUUUAUUAAAUAUACAAAAAGUCAGAAAAAAUAAAAACAAUAUUCAAAUCGCACGUUUUUAUUAACCGUGAAAAUACAUUUCCACAAUUCACUAACAUACGAACCAAGAUUAACAAUUUUCAAUAUUAGUUUAGAUUUCACUAUAAAUAAGAAUUAUUUUUUAAUAGCAGUAAUUAUUGGCUGAGAUAAAAUUAAUACCGCGCCCGGACACAAACAAACAUGUUUAUAUAUUGAGCACUGAGAAUUUAAUACUAUAAUUUUGUUAUAACAUUAACUUAUUUCUUUAAUCUAAUUAGCUAUUAAAUUCAUAUAUUUUUUUUUAUACUAAUGAGUGAAGGCGAAAGUGAAGCCUUUCACAGCCGUAAAUGAAAAGUUAAUUUGCAAGUUAUUUUGCAAGCCUCUUUGUGCUAGCUUCUAUUGUAAAAUCUUUGAAGUGUCGGUGAAAUUUGACUUCAAAUACUAGUUAGUGAAGUGAAUGAAAAAUUCUGUCCUUGUGCGUUCUUUAGCUAUGGCGGUCUCGUUAUAUCGAUUCUAAUACAGAUUUCAAUUGCUCCGUUAAUUGUAAUCAAACAUUUCACAAUCAUUGCAUACUUCAUCAGUUAUAUCUAAUAUAUAAAAUAGACGUGAUUUUUACAAGCCUUA